AUGCCUCUCAUAUGCUUAUCUCGCAACCGGUUGCAGUGCAUCCUCGUCAUUCUCUUAUGCUCUUGUGGUCUCCUUCUUUAUAUGAACGCUGUUCCCUGCAUAAUUCCAACUUGCAAUGAUCCAUCAAACACCGAUACUGCAUCACUAAGUAAUGAGCCCCUAAUUUUCAUUGGUGGGUACCCUAGAAGUGGAACAACACUGAUGCGCGUACUAUUGGAUGUGCAUCCAAGUGUGCGAUGUGGUCCAGAAACCCACAUCCUCCCGCACAUACUCUAUCUUUACUCUUUUAAAAUUGACCAUAUAUUCGGACAACUGCACGGCGCCAAUAUUACGCAUGAACUGGUCGACUCAAUUUUUGUGCAUGCUAUCAGCACGUUGAUUCACAAGACUGGUCCUAAUGCUGAACGACUGUGUGCCAAGGACCCCUUUAUAGAUCUCUGCCUCAAGCAACUUCUCCAUCUCUUCCCUAAAUCCCUAUUCAUUCUCAUGGUGCGAGAUGGACGAGCCGUUACCAACUCCGUUCUGAGAAAAGAACGAAGUACCUCGCAGGUGGUCUUUCCGAUAUACACAGAGGCGCUGACUCAGUGGUCUCUACCAGGCUCUGCAGUUCCCCCGAGCCUAAUUCAAAAGUCCCGAUCCUACGAGAUGUUGCGCUACUUUGGUUAUGCCAGUCUCACGAUUCCACCAGUCUAUGGUAUCCCUGAACUCGAAGUCCAAAAACGUGCUCAAAUGCUGGAAAAAAAUGAGGAGUUUAGGAAACUUUUCAAACUUUAG